AUGGUAGCUGGUGGUGAUGUCCCUGGCACAGAAUCCAUAGGACACCUCUACUGGAAAAAGCCCUGGAUUUGCACUCACAUCCAGGAGCCUGUUUGUUUGAUUGGCCAUCGGAUAAUCCUUAGGGAAGUGGGCUGCAGCGUACAGAACUUCACCAAUUGUAAAAGCUUGUUGACUGCAGCUGCAGAUGCUAUGGAGGCACAUUCCUGGCUUCAUGACAAGCUCCACAUUCUCCACAGGGAUAUAUCACCUGGAAAUAUACUUAUGGAACUUGAAGAUGAAACAAAGGGCAUUCAUGUUCGUAGGGGGUUGCUUAUCGAUUAUGACCAUGCACUGGACCUUGACCGAGUUGUUGACGACGUUCUGGUACCCCUCAAUUCUUCUCUAUACGCCUGCUUCGUGAUGAACUCAGUGUUCAGGACAGGGGAGAUGAUCAAGAAUCCUGUUUCUACAGUCUUGUCUACCUCGGCUUGCUUCACCUUCGCCACAAAUUGA